AUGAAUCGAUUAUCAUGGUAUACACCCGGCGAAAGCACUGAAGAAUUAUUGUGUCAGGCUGGAAGUGUUGGAAUUUAUGAUGGCGAUUUGAAGCAAACACAAUUUGAACAGGGAACUGCUUCUCUAACUCUCCAACGAAUUAUAUGGGCCGAUUCAAGCGAUCCCGUAAGUUAUUAUAACUUUUUUUCUGAAUUUUUCAAUCGAAAUCUAAAAUUUCAGGAUCGUCGCCUGGUCCUUCAUCAUUCGUUAAUCGUUUCCAUCGAAAAACAUCACAAAUCCAUGUUUAGUCGAGGUGGAAAAAUUGUAGUAAAACUCGAAAAACCAAAAGCUGGAAAUGUUGGACCAAUAAACUCUAGUCAAUUUGAUAGCCUGAGAUUGGUUUUCAGACACGGAGGAGAAGAUGAUGUAAGAUUUUUUAUCUGAAAAAAAAUAACCACAAUUUUUUUUUAGUUUUUCAAAAAAUACGAGGACGCAAUUCGCCGAAAAACUUGGCAAAGAUCAAGCUCGAGUUCGUCAUCUGCUGGUUCAAGAGCAAGUGGGAAUUUAAGAUCGGUAGGAAUAUCUGGAAUUGAAAGAAGACUCGCUGAAAAUCACCAAAAAACACAUGAAACUAUAACUCAAGCAUUUGACGAUAUGUCAAAAUUGAUGGAAACCGCGAGGGAAAUGGUGAAUAUUUCAAAAAGUAUUUCGGAAAAAGUUCGUUCUCGAAAAGGCGAAAUAACAGAUGAUGAAACAAUCCAAUUCAAAUCAUAUUUAUUAUCUCUUGGAGUUUCUGAUCCAGUAACUAAAUCGACAUUUGUUGGUUCAGACACGGAUUAUUUUAAAUCUUUAGCCAAAGAAAUAUCGGAUAUUUUAGUGGAUCAUGUGAAAGAAAAUGGUGGAAUGAUUGCACUUCCUGAAGUUUAUUGUAGAAUAAAUCGAGCGAGAGGAAUGGAAUUAUUAUCACCUGAAGAUGUUAUAAAUGCAUGUGAAUCGUUGAUUCGAAUUGAUUCACCUUUAGAGUAGGUUUUUAACUGGGAAAGGGACUGGAAUAAAUUUAUUAAAGUUGUAUGAAAUUGGUACACUUUUAACAAUUAAAAAUUGUUGAUAAAUUCAGAUUGAAAACUUUAAUUUUUUGAAUAGAUCAAUAAUUGAAUAAAUUUAUUUAUCAAAAAAACUGUUUCAAAAAUUUUUUUAAAGAAAACUUUUUCUGAAGUUUGUGUGAAAUUCAAAUCAAAAAAUAGUUUUCAAACGGUUUUUUUUUCCAGAUUACAUCGUUUCGCAUCGGGUGUUCUCGUGGUCCAACUUCGCUCAGCUUCAAUUGACAACACAGUUGAUCAAACCGCCGAUUUUGUCACAAAAUUAGGAAAAGCGUCAGCCAACGAAUUAGCAGAUAGUCUAGGAACAACCGUAGUUUUGGCUCGUGAAAGACUUUUAGCCGCCGAAGAAAAAGGCGUGAUUUGUCGCGACGAUUCGAUUGAAGGACUUUUAUUUUAUCCGAAUAGAUUUUUAGCCGAAAUUUCUCAAUCAGCCUAA